AUGUCAAGUUCCUCAACCCUAGUUCUUAUUCUGCUGUCUCUUCACAGCAUCUCUUUCUUAGAGGCUCACAAAGGUGGGUUCAGUGUGGAAAUCAUCCACCGUGACUCAUCAAAAUCACCGUUGCAUCGUCCCACAGAAACUCAAUUCCAACGAGUUUCUAAUGCAGUGCGUCGUUCCAUUAAUCGUGCCAAUCAUUUCAACCAAAACACACCUAAGACCAAUAUAACACAAAAUGAUGAUGAAUACCUUUUGAGCUAUUCAGUUGGAACCCCACCAUUUCAAGUUUAUGGUAUUGCUGAUACAGGAAGUGACAUAAUUUGGUUGCAGUGUAAACCUUGUAAACCCUGUUACAACCAAACCAGUCCAAUGUUUGACCCUUCAAAAUCCAGCACAUACAGAACCCUUCCUUACUCUUCUACAAGAUGUAAAUUGGUGCAAGAUACCACUAAAGAUGGAGACAAUUGUGAAUAUACCAUUUCCUAUGGUGAUGGGUCACAGUCACAAGGAGAUCUCAGUGAGGAGAUCCUCACUUUAGACUCCACCAAUGGCUCUUCAAUCCAAUUUCCAAGAACUGUCAUAGGAUGUGGACGAAGGAACACUGUGUCCUAUGAAGGGAUGGGUUCUGGU